AUGUCAUUAAAUAAUAAUUUUUUAAUUGAAAAUAUUCAAGACAACAAAAGCAUAUCUGACGAUACAAAGUUAUUUUAUUUGUUGUCAACUGAACCAGGGCCUAAAUUUGCUUUAAUUCUACCUUCAGUUUUAUUAACGUUGAUUGCUAUUAUUGGGAUUCCGUUAAAUGCUGGAAUCAUUUAUGUGUCUGUUAAAUAUAGGUAAAUUAUUAAAGGGUUAAAAUUGUAGGGCGAAGGGAACAUACAAAGUAAGGUGAAGGGAACAUUUAAAGGUAGGGCGAAAGGAAUAUCCAAAGUAGGUGCAAGGGAACAUUCAAAGUUGGGUGAAGGGAACAUCCAAGCUAGGAUGAAGUGAACAUUUAAAGGUCGGGUGAAGGGAACAUUCAAAGGUAGGGUGAGGAGAACAUUUAAAGGUAGGGUGAAGGGAACAUCCAAAGUAGGGUGAAGGGAACAUCCAAAGUAGGGUGAAGGGAACAUCCAAAGUAGGGUGAAGGGUACAUUCAAAGUAGGGUGAAGGGAACAUCCAAAGUAGGGUAAUGUAAUGCUAAAGGAACAUUAAAAUAAUUUUUUCUAUAGGAAUAAACUCAACAGUACAGCCAACUUUCUAAUCGCAUUGAAUGCUUUUUUUGAUCUUCUUCAAUUAACCCAUCCUUUCCCCUUCUUUUUUGUUGCAACUUCUUCGACUAAUUUUAUUGGCACUUUUCUAUCCAUGCGUUUACUAAUUCCGGCACUUUUUGGCAUUCAAUGUUCAUUGACUUGUAUUGCUUUUACUGCGAUUGAUAGACUUAUAGCUGUUGUUAUCCCGAUUAAAUAUA